CGCUUCAACAACAACGUCGAGUUAUCCAGCUCCGUAGCUUUUAGCCAUCAUAAGCGAAAACAUUCAGCUCUUUAAACGCUUUCGGUGUAUAUUAGCCACGGUGUUUUAAACACACUUGUCGUAUCUAGUAGUUAGUUACCCAAUUUAAUAUAAUAUUUACGUUGUUGUUAGCUAACUGGCUGAGUAAAUUAGCAGUAGUGCUAGUCUAGUCACUAAUGCUAACUAGCUAUCUAGCUAACAUCCCAACCAUGAGCUCACUAAACGACUCCCCCACUUCUAAAGAGGGGGUCUGCUGGACGGAGAAAGAAACUCUGGGGCUGAACAUUGUCGUGAAAGAGGAGAAGGAAGAGGAGGAUGUCACAGUAAAAGUAGAGGGUGAGACUGUUACAGUGAAAGAAGAAGAGAAAGACGUUACCGCGAAAGAAGAGGAAGACGCGUUCAGAGUGAAAGAGGAGGAGGAUGUUACAGUAAAAGAGGAAGAGGAAGAUGAGGAUGCAGGGGAGGAGGGGGAGAUGACUGUCACAGUGAAAGAAGAGGAGGACAUUUUUGGAAUGAAGGAAGUGGGGGAGAUCACUGUCACAUUGGAAGAAGAAGAAGAAGAGGAGGAGACAGGAGAUCUGAUUAACAACAGAGAGAGACCAGACUCUCACUUUGACAGCGAAAAGAGUCCUUCAGGGGAACCAGACCCAGCAAGACAACAUCACUGCUCUCAGUGUGGAAAGAGUUUUACCCAUUUAGGGUAUCUGAAAUCACAUGAGAGGAGGCACCCAGGAGAAAAGCCUUUCCACUGCUCCCAGUGUGGAAAGAGAUUCUCCAUGUCAAGUAACCUGAAAAAACACGAGCGAACACACUCCGUAGAGAAGCCUUUCCACUGUUCCCAGUGUGAAAAGAGCUUUACACAGUUAGGGAAACUGGAAAAACAUAAAAGAAUACACACUGGAGAGAAGCCCUACCUCUGCUCCCACUGUGGUAAGAGUUUUACCCAAUCAGGUACCUUGAAAUCACAUGAGAGAACACACUCUGUAGAGAAGCCUUUCCAAUGCUCUCAGUGUGGAAAGGCGUUUGCCCAAUCAGGUACUCUAAAAUCACAUGAGAGAACACACACUGUAGAAAAGCCUUUCCAAUGCGCUCAGUGUGGAAAGGGUUUUACCCAGAUGGGGAGCCUGAAAAAGCAUGACAGAACACACACAGGGGAGAAGCCUUUCCAAUGCUCUCAGUGUGGAAAAGGUUUUACCCAGAUAGGGAGCCUGAAAGGUCAUGAAAGAACACAACACAUACAGGGAAGAAGCCUUAUCACUUCCCCCAGUGUGAAAAUUAUUGUAAUUUAUCCGGCUAGGGCACCUGAAAGAACAGAAUAUAACACACACACAGACGGGAGAAGCCUUUCCAAUGCUCCCAGUGUGGGAAGGGUUUUACCCAGAGAAGCUUGCUGAAAAGCCAUGAAAGAACACAUACAGGUAUAGUAGUGACGGGGAAGCCAAGCGUUUAGAUUUUCCAGACAUUUGUGUCAAAAAUAGGUACAUAACUCAAUGCUUUGAUCAAUACAGUGUACACUAUUGCCACCUGCUGGUCUGAAAUAAUUUAGAGCAGGCAUAUUAUUGUAGAGGACGUCCCACGCCCCAUAGCGUGCCCAGCGUUUUUGUCUUCUACCAAACCAAUCAGGUGGAAACUAUAAGCUUGCGACUGUGUUUUUGUUUGUCACAUGAAAUCAAAAGAAGACAAAGCAGGACUCAAAUAUAAAUGUUUUAUUUAAAAAAAAACAUGAGCAGAAUAUGGAGUCCGUUUCCAUGUAUACACACUGGUGUCGUUCCUCAAAGACUACAGAAUAUGGAGUCAGUUUCCAUGUAUACACACUGGUGUCGUUCCUCAAAGACUACAGAAUAUGGAGUCAGUUUCCAUGUAUACACACUGGUGUCAUUCCUCAAAGACUACAGAAUAUGGAGUCAGUUUCCAUGUAUUCACACUGGUGUCAUUCCUCAAAGACUACAGAAUAUGGAGUCAGUUUCCAUGUAUUCACACUGGUGUCAUUCCUCAAAGACUACAGAAUAUGGAGUCAGUUUCCAUGUAUACACACUGGUGUCAUUCCUCAAAGACUACAGAAUAUGGAGUCAGUUUCCAUGUAUUCACACUGGUGUCAUUCCUCAAAGACUACAGAAUAUGGAGUCAGUUUCCAUGUAUAUAUUAAAUGGUCAUUUUAUAACUCUG